CUAAAAUCAUGGUCUUGUUGAGUCUUUUUCCUGAAAGCGAAACGUAGAAAAUUCCCAAACCUUGCAAAACAUUCAUUUCAUUUUGAUCCCUUUCUUCACGAAUCAAAAAAUAAUUUAACAAAAAUAAAACAAAUAUUCCUUUCUUCAUCUUCGUCGUUUUCUCAAAACUGUGCCGUUUUGAUACACACAGAAAGAGAAACUCGCGUUUGCGUCUGUGCGUUCUGAUGACGUAGAAUCGUUGAUCUGAAAUGCACCGGCUACCGAGCAGCGGGCAUUCGACGCCGUCAUCUCCGCAAUCUCCGCUCCGGUCGCCGCGCCUCCGGCAAGGGCGGUCCAAGGCGGGCAAAUUUUCUUCACCCUCCGGUGGAGGAGGGAGGAGUUUAGCGCAGAGGCUGAGUUGGAUGCUGCUUUCGGUACUUCUCCGGCGACAGGGGAUUUUUCUGUUUGCUCCGUUGAUUUAUAUCUCCGGUAUGCUUCUUUAUAUGGGAACGGCGUCGUUCGAUGUUGUUCCGAUUAUUAAACACCGUCCUGCUCCUGGCUCGCUUUAUCGGAGUCCUCAGCUUUAUUCUAAUCUGAAAAAGGAUAUGGAUUCGGAUAACUCUUCUACCGAUGCGAUAUCUACAAUAUGGAGAAGUCCAUAUAGAGGUGGUGAAUGGAAACCAUGUGUAAAUAGAUCUUCAGAAGGUCUACCCGAGUCAAAUGGAUACAUAUAUGUAGAGGCUAAUGGUGGCCUAAAUCAGCAAAGGACAUCGGUAUGCAAUGCCGUUGCUGUGGCUGGCUAUCUAAACGCUACCCUUGUGAUUCCAAACUUCCAUUAUCACAGCAUAUGGAAAGAUCCUAGCAAAUUCAGGGACAUCUAUGAUGAAGAAUAUUUUGUCGAUAUCCUGAAAAAUGAUGUUCGGGUGGUUGACAAGAUUCCUGAGUACCUGAUGGAAAGAUUUGGCAGCAACAUGACAAAUGUUCACAAUUUCAGAAUCAAGGCAUGGUCAUCCAUUCAGUAUUAUAGAGAUGUAGUACUCCCAAAGUUACUUGAAGAAAAGGUUAUAAGAAUUUCUCCUUUUGCGAAUAGAUUGUCCUUUGAUGCUCCUCCAGUUGUCCAGCGCCUCAGGUGCUUAGCAAAUUACGAGGCUUUACGGUUUUCAAGUCCUAUUUUGACCAUAGGUGAAUCUUUGGUUGAAAGAAUGAGAGAACGUAGUGCCGUUAAUGGUGGUAAAUAUGUUUCUGUACAUCUUCGUUUUGAAGAGGAUAUGGUUGCUUUCUCCUGUUGUAUUUUUGAUGGUGGGAAACAGGAGAAACAAGACAUGAUUGCUGCAAGAGAAAGAGGUUGGAAAGGGAAAUUUACAAAGCCUGGCCGAAUCAUACGUCCUGGAGCAAUCAGGAUCAACGGAAAGUGUCCCCUCACCCCACUAGAGGUUGGCCUGAUGCUGAGGGGAAUGGGUUUUACGAAGAACACAUCUAUCUUUUUGGCAUCUGGAAUAAUAUAUAAUGCUGAGAAAACAAUGGCUCCACUACUACAAAUGUUUCCUAAUUUGCAUACGAAGGAGACUCUGGCUUCUGAAGAGGAACUUUCUACAUUUAGGAAUUAUUCUUCCAGGAUGGCUGCUAUAGAUUACACUGUUUGUCUUCAUAGUGAGGUGUUUGUCACAACCCAGGGUGGUAACUUUCCCCAUUUUCUGCUGGGCCACAGAAGAUACUUGUAUGGUGGACACUCUAAGACAAUUAAGCCUGAUAAGCGGAAGUUAGCAUUGCUGUUUGAUAAUCCCAAUAUAGGAUGGAGAAGUUUCAAGCGCCAACUGCUGAACAUGAGGUCACACAGUGAUUCCAAGGGAGUUGAGCUCAAAAGACCAAAUGACUCUAUAUACAGCUUUCCAUGUCCAGAAUGUAUGUGCCGUGCCAAUAGAACCGACGAUUCAAAAUCUUCAUCAGCAGCUUGAUCUACUCAUGGAAUUUGACUGGUGUUUCUGUUGCCUAUGAUUUUGUGAGCAUGCCUUGCCGCUGAAUGCAUUUCUGAUACUGUGAUUGUUUUAUUUCCCCCCCUUCCCAUUCGGUGAGAAGGUAUACACACCAUUUUUGAAGAUCAAAGGAAUUGGAUCAAAUAUCAAGGGAGUGGCAUGUUUUGUUGCACAUGAUGCCAAUUCAUAACAGAAUGGAAAAUGUUCCUUUCCAGGAAUCUCUCCCACAACAUUGAGUGAGCUAUGUUUCACACAUGAGUUAGCAGCUGCUGUAUCGAAGAGCUAUUUAGAGUCAAAGGAUAAGCUCACAUUCCUUCACAGCCUACCUGUACAUUAUGUGAAGUAUGAUAUUCAUGUUUUAAGGUUAUAGCAAGCAACAACUCUGUACAUUAACAAAAUUCAGGGUCCUGCCAUACCGUUUUCUUGGUCUGUUUUAGGUUAUUUUAUUUUUCUUUUGUUCCUGUUAUCAGUUUCGUAUUUUGUUUUCCCUUGCAUUGAGGGUCUAGUUGUUAGUUAUAUGACUUAGUCUUAGCACAUUUGUUAUUCUUUUACAUUAUGGCCACAUUGUUUUAGCAAUGAUAUCAGUGAAUGUAACUAUUUCACUAUUCAUAACAAGCAAUUAAGAAAUUUUGCUCAA